AUGCUCCUUGUCGCUACCCCCAACAUCUGUGAGCUGAGGAUCCCUUUCCCAUCAUCAUCAUUGGCCCAGAUUGCGCUGAGCUCCCUGGACCCGAAACCUGAGCCCCGCAAAGAAGGAAUCAGCAAGGAACUGGAUGUGACGGAGGACAUCUUGCAUGUGUGAGUAUUGGCCAGGCGCCCCCUACUCCAAGAGGCAAGAUGUGGCAGCAGUCGGGGCAGAUGGUGGGCUCUGAGUCCUGGGUGCAGCCUGCUGGAAGGUCUCCUGCACAAGCUGCAGGAGGAUGAGAGACAAGGUGGCGCCGUACUGGAUGGCAUGUUGGACUUGAACCAGGGUUUAAACAACAACAACUAUUUUAUUAUUUGUACCUCCUCAACCUCUAGACGUCUUCUGUUCCCCGAAACAUCUCUGCCUUUUCCUCCCUGGUGCCCCAUAUGCCUGGUACCCCCUCUCAGUGCAUCCUCCUCGCUUAUUUCCUUCAAGCCUUCCCGCUCACCUUCCCAUGAAGCCCUUGGAGCAGGGACACCACAGCAGCCAGGCCUCUAACUAAACCAGAGCAGUUGUCAGUCAAAUCAUCACCUCCUUCGCUGCCCCCACGUCCCUCUCCUUCCUCUGUUGUGCCAAAUUUCAGCUGUAAGCCUGUCAGGGCAGAGAUCUAGCCCCUCGUAUUUUCUGUAAAGUGCUAUACAAGCUGAUGAUACUAUAUAGAGGAGAAUAAUAAUUCCUCCCUUCCUCUCUGUUGAGUCCUUUGCAUUCAGGUGCUGCCAUGAUAAGAAUAAAUUGGAAUAGAAUGAGGGACUGGAAUAGAAUGAGGAUAUUGGACUGUUAAGUGUAGUGCAAGUGUUGACUACAAGUUUCGGUCUACACAAAGUAUAUAUACAUAUAUUAUUUUUUUUGCAGUCGAUGGAGAGCAGAUGAAGCCCGGAUUCUGCGUGUAUCCAUCAGCUCCUUCCUGAAGCAUCUCUCCUUGGUGGUGGAAACUAUGGACCUGUUUGGGUCUCCUGUGGCUUGA